AUGUAUGAAUGUACUGCUGAACAAUUCAAAUGUCGUCUUACAUCGUUUUGUAUUGACAAAUCCCUACACUGCAACAGAAUAAAAAAUUGUCAGGACGGUUCGGAUGAAGAAAAUUGUCCUGAAAAAGAUUGUGAUGAAAAUUCAUUUUCAUGUCGAAGCACAGAUCAGUGCAUUGACAGAAGAAAAGAAUGUGACGGGCGCGUUGAUUGCGACGACGGAUCUGACGAAGAAAAUUGCUCUAAUUGCGGCCCUGAAGAGUUUCAAUGUCACAAUGGUAAAUGUUUGUCCAUCGACAAAAGAUGUAAUGGGAAAACUGAAUGCAGCAACGGCGAAGACGAGGUUAAUUGUGGAAUACCGGGCGGUGACAAUAUACCCAGUUUAGACCCCAUGCUCGCACCUUGCGCUCAAUCAGAUUUCACAUGUGCUGUUGACAUGAGUUGCAUUCCCUUAUCGAAGUCUUGCGACGGCCGUCCGGAUUGUCCGGACGCAGAAGACGAGCAGAAUUGCACAAAUGACAGACCAUCGUUAUCGUCUGCAAACACUAAUCAGGCGUCGUCAACAGCCGACAUACCGCCUCCUGCAGUCGCCACGGUGUGUUUUUCCAACGAGUUUCGAUGUCACGACGGCGGUUGCGUGAACAGCGGUUACCGCUGCGAUCGUAUUAACGACUGUAAGGAUCAAAGUGACGAAUUGGACUGUGCUCCCACAAUUCCGCCGAUAACGAUCCCCAACGUCACUAAUAUUGCCACCACCACUGUAAUAUACCCGCAGUAUGAAAAUCCUUCUGUGUUCGUGACCUGCAACUGGAACGAAUUUGCUUGCCGCAACGGUCGGCAGUGCGUCCCGAAAUCGGCGAAAUGCAACAACAACUACGAGUGUCAAGACUAUUCGGACGAAGACAAUUGCUAUGACGCUCCAGAUGGUUUAAAUUUAAAAACAUAUCCCAAUGAACAAACCAUUAAAGAAAACAGAGAAGUAGUAUUUCAAUGCAGAGACGAAGGUCCUCUGAGAGCACCUGUUAGAUGGUCUCGGGGCAAUGGAUUGUAUUUACCUCAUGGAUCUAGAGACAUCGGAGGCCGAUUGGAAAUGCCUAAUAUCAAGGUUGAACACAGUGGCACGUAUGUGUGCGAGGCAGUUGGUUUCUCAGCUUCCGACCCUGGAUCCCGCGUAUCUGUCUUCCUAAAAGUAGAACCAUGGAUUGAUGUAACGGUUCGGCCCAUAGAAUCGUGUGGUUUAAAUGAAGCUUCGUGUUCCAAUAAACAAUGUAUAUUAAAGACAAAAGUUUGCGACGGUCAAAUAGAUUGUUUAGAUGGAUCAGAUGAAACCCGUUGCAAUAUGUUUGGAUGUCAACCCAACGAGUUUAGAUGUAGUAAUAAAAAAUGUAUACUCAAAACUUGGGUGUGUGAUGGUCAAGAUGAUUGCGGUGAUAAUUUUGAUGAACAGAACUGUGAACAAAGAGUAUCGGAUUCUCGCUGUUUGUAUAGUGAAUUUGAGUGCAGAAAUAAAGAGUGCAUUCCAAAAUCAUUCCAAUGUGAUUCUCAAAGUGAUUGUUGUUCAGAUGGAAGUGAUGAAAUUGGUUGUCUUCCUGUACAAUUUCAAACUACACCACCUCCUUUGAUAACACUUGAAAUCGGUGAAGUGUUCAUAACAACAUGCAAACCUGUUGGUGUACCAAUCCCAGAAAUAUCAUGGCGAUUGAACUGGGGUCAUGUUCCAACAAAAUGUGAAAUGACUAGUGUUAAUGGACUUGGUACACUCACUUGUCCUAAUAUUCAGGAAGCUGAUCAAGGCGCUUACAGUUGUGAAGGUAUCAAUAAACAUGGUUCCGAAAUAGCAGUACCAGACACAAUAUUAGUUGUAAAACGACCUAAUUUAGUUCAACCAAGCGCAUGUCCUAAAGGAACCUUUAAUGAUGUAGCUUUAUCUCAAAAUGACUGUAUUAACUGUUUUUGUUUUGGAAUAUCAAGUAAUUGCAGAAGCUCCAAACUCUUCAAGAUUCAGAAUACACCAUCAUUGUAUCAACUUAGAAUAGCUAAUGUUUAUGUGGAAGCUUCUUCAUUUAGAGUAGAACUACAAUCAGCAAGUUCUACUGCUCAUCAAAUAAAUGUUAAUGGAAAUGAAGCUUUACAAGUGUUUACAGUCAAUAAUACUUCAAAGCAAUCUGAAGACACAUAUCCAUACUUCAAAUUCCCAGAAAGCUAUUUAGGCAAUCAGCUCAAGUCUUAUGGGGGAUACAUAACAUACAUAGUUAGUCCGGAAACACCAGUAGGCAUAGACGCAGUUGUAUCAGCUAGAUUAUUUGCUGAUGUUUGGAAAAAAGAAAGUACCGACAGUUAUUCUAAUGUACUAGCAACCAGGGAAGAAGUUAUGAUGGUUUUAGCUAAUGUAGAAAAUAUUUUAAUCAGGGGUCAGUAUGUUUCUCAACAAUCUGAAACAAACAUAAAACACAUAAAAAUGGAUUCUGCACAAACAAUGAAAAGUGUAAAUGACUAUGUAGCAUUUGUUGAGGAGUGCCAAUGUCCAGCAGGUUAUACUGGUCUAUCAUGUGAAAGCUGUGCUCCUGGAUAUGUACGCAGACAACAAGGUUCCUGGUUAGGACAAUGUUACAAAGAAGAUACAGAAGUCUGUCCAGUAGAAAUGUAUGGAUCACCACCGAGAGGAAUACUGUGUAGACAUUGUCCUUGUCCAUUAACAUCAUCUGGCAAUCAGUGCGAACAAUGUGCCUCUGGAUAUUCAGGAAAUCCUUUACAACCAGGAGAUUAUUGCAAACAAGGUAUAUGUGAUGCAGUUGGUUCAACAUCACCAUUCCCUGACGAGAGUACUGGAAAAUGUGUCUGCAAGGAUUAUACAACUGGUGAUUUAUGUAACCAAUGUAAGGCUAACACGUUCAACAUUGCACCAGAUAAUCAAUUUGGUUGCAUCAGCUGUUUCUGCAUGGGUCUAUCCAAUCAAUGCACCAGUUCUAGGCUGUACAGACAAGAAGUGCACGCAACAUUCGCAAGGACCCACCAAGACAUAAAAUUAAUUCAGCGUAAAAACUUUGUUCCGUUACCAAAUUUAGAAGUGGACUCAAGUACAAAAGAACUUAUUUACAGAGACUUUCCACCAGGUAGUCAAGAAGUCUAUUAUUGGCAAUUACCUCCACGGUUUCUGGGAAAUAAAAUAACUUCAUAUGGUGGUUCUCUAAGUUACAUCUUAAGACAUGUUCCAGUUCCAGGUGGUCAAUCUUCCAAAAACAGUGCACCAGAUAUCGAACUUAUAAGUGAAAACAAAAUCCGUUUAUUGCAUUAUAGUCGUGAAAACGUUGAACCAAAUACUUUAAGAACCACUUCAGUUAAACUAUUAGAACAAAAUUGGCAACAACCCGAUGGUCAGGUUGCAGAUCACGAACAUUUAUUAAUGGCAUUAGCUGGUUUGAAAUCCAUACUAAUUAAAGCAACUUACACAACUGGUACUAAAGAAGUAGCAGCUGUUGAAGUGGAAGAAUGUUUGUGCCCAGAAGGUUACAAAGGUCUGUCAUGUGAAGAAUGUGCUGUUGGCUACACUAGAAAUGGCCAAGGCCUCUAUUUAGAAAUCUGCGAACCAUGCACAUGUAACGGUCAUUCAAAUCAUUGUGAUCCUGACUCUGGAAUUUGUGUUAACUGUCAAAAUCAUACAACAGGAGAUACAUGUGAUGGUACUUUACUGCCUUGUCAAGACAAUAGAUGUAUUUGCAAAACCAAUGUCGAAGGACCUCGUUGUGACCGUUGUAGACCUGGUACAUUUGACUUAUCAGAAAAUCAUGUAGAAGGAUGUUUAGAGUGUUUCUGUUCUGGAGUUUCCCAAAACUGUUAUCCUUCCAAUUUAUUUGUUACUCAAAUUCCAAUGCAGUUAUUUGGACAAAGUCACGGUUUUACUUUAACUGAUAGUACUAGAAAUAGGUUCAUUAAAUCUGGAUUUUCAACUGACGUGUCUAGAAAUGAAAUUGGCUAUGACUAUACACCUAAUCGCGGUGAACAACUAUUUUGGUCGUUGCCAUCUUCUUUUACAGGAAAUAAGGUUACAUCCUAUGGAGGUUUCCUUAACUGGACCCAAUGCUAUACCACUUUUCCAGGGUCCACAAUACGUGAUGAUACCGACAUAAUACUUGUUGGAAGUGGAAUAUGGUUAUUUAAAUCAAACGAUAAAAAAGUUCUGCCAGGCGAAAUAACUGUACUAAAUAUUCAUUUAGUAGAAGAAGGUUGGUGUCGAUUAAUUUCCUCAGGACCACAACCAGCAUCAAGAGCUGAAUUUAUGAAAGUACUUUCGUCUAUUGAAGCCAUCCUAAUUCGUGCGAUACAUGCUUCUCAGACUAAUAGAACAUACCUCAGUGGUGUGAGUUUAGAUACAGCUAUUGAAUCUGAGACUGGUGGUGAACCAUCAACCAGUGUUGAAAUAUGCAGAUGUCCAGUUGGUCACAGAGGAACAUCAUGUGAAAUAUGUAGUGUUGGAUAUUACAAGGAUACCAAUGACCAAUGCUCAAGAUGCCCAUGUAAUGCUAACGAAGAAAGCUGCUCACUAGGCUCAGACUCAAGAGUCACUUGUAAUUGUCUCUCUGGAUACACCGGAUCUUCCUGCAAUACUUUAGUUAAUAAUAGACUAACCACAACCACAACUACAACCAGAACACCACCACCAUUACCACAGCCAGAAAUUUAUAUUCAAAUAACUGAGCCGAAAAUCGAAAUUGUUGAAAUAGGAAUUACUGUCACAUUACACUGUGCUGCCAAUUCUCGGCAAGACGGAUAUUUACCAUCUGACCGUACACAAGACAAUGGUUCUGGUUACUUGUAUAUAACUAGUGUAGAACCUUCAGAUAGUGGAGUGUAUAUUUGUACAGCAUCUGAUGGAUAUUCAUCCUUCAGUGACAAAAAAAUACUGAGAAUAGGAGAUCAAACAGAAAUAACCAGUAAACCAAUACAAAGUCAGCCAGAAAUUUACAUCACAGUUUCCGACCCAUCGAUUGAGAUCGUGGAAAUUGGUAGUACUGUAAGGAUUAGAUGUGAUGCAAGAUCUGAAACUGAUUCGCAAAGAGUCACAAUUUAUAUUGAACCUUCCCAAACUGCCAUAAAUGGAUCAAAUGAUUUAUUGUCACUGACAAUAGAUCCACCUCAAUAUUCAGGACCUGGUGAUAUUGUACGUCUUCAAUGUACCAUUUCAGAUGAGACUCAGUAUGGUGUGAAAUGGUCAAAAAUAGGAAACCAACCAUUGCCAUAUGGAUCUGAACAAAGUUCAAGUGGUCUUUUGACUCUCCACCGUCUUAAACCUUCCAACUCUGGGGUAUAUGUCUGUUCAGCUAUUUCAUAUAGGUCUGGAGCGAUUGAAUCAGAGGUUGAAGUACCAGUAAAUAUUGUACAAAGAAGAUGUCUGUCAACUACCGAUCCCAAUCUUCAAGUACAAUGGUUUAAAAUCAAUGAGAAUUUAUCGCCUAAUGUUCAGAUAAGUGGAUCUUUACUACGCAUACCGUCGGCUCAAGUCAAAGACCGUGGUAUAUAUGUUUGUAAAGGUACUAAUGAAGGUGGAACAGCACAAGCAUCUUCUAUUAUUGAUAUUGAACGUAUGUAUUUAUUAAAACAUAGGUAUUAA